GUUUAGAAAGAAACUGAUAGUAGAAGAAAAAAGAGAGAAGAAAAAUGGUGUUGACGAUCUAUGCGCCUUUAUUCGCUUCUUCGAAGAGAGCCGUGGUAACGUUGGUGGAGAAGGGAGUAUCAUUCGAGACCGUCAAUGUCGAUCUCAUGAAAGGAGAACAGAGACAGCCUGAGUAUCUCGCGAUUCAGCCUUUUGGUAAAAUCCCAGUGCUCGUCGAUGGAGACUACAAAAUCUUCGAGUCGCGUGCGAUCAUGAGGUAUAUAGCAGAGAAGUAUAGAUCACAAGGACCUGAUCUUUUGGGGAAGACAAUUGAAGAGAGAGGACAAGUAGAGCAAUGGCUUGACGUUGAGGCUACUAGCUAUCACCCACCACUAUUGGCUUUAACGCUCAACAUUGUCUUUGCACCACUCAUGGGUUUUCCUGCUGAUGAGAAAGUUAUUAAGGAGAGUGAAGAGAAGCUUGGAGAAGUGCUUGAUGUCUAUGAAGCUCAGCUUUCAAAGAAUGAAUACUUGGCUGGUGAUUUUGUGAGUCUAGCUGAUUUAGCUCACCUUCCGUUCACUGAGUAUCUCGUUGGUCCUAUUGGGAAGGCUCAUUUGAUCAAAGAUAGGAAGCAUGUUAGCGCGUGGUGGGAUAAGAUUAGUAGCCGUGCUGCGUGGAAGGAGGUUUCCGCAAAGUACUCACUACCUGUUUAAACAAGGAGAUGUUGACUUGGGGUUUGUGUCUUGUGAGGGAGUCCGUUUCGGGUCGAUUGUCUCUUUGUUUCAAUAAGUAACGGAACUCUGCCUCAUUUGUUAUCUCUGGUUUCUUGUAUUUUGUAACCCUUUCAAGCUUUUCAAUAAGAGUUUAAAAUCAGA